AUGUAUUGCCUUUUUGAGAAAAUUAAAGCAUGCAGAGCACACUUGGUUGCAUGGAGUAAAUCAGCCUUCAGAAAUACAAGAACCCGCCUAACAGAAAAGCAACAGGUACUUGAGGAAUUAGUGGCACAAGGGUAUGAAUCAAACCGGAAGCGCAUAAAUAUCUUGCGGAGGGAGAUCAAUGAACUGAUACACCAUGAGGAAGUGUAUUGGAGGCAGCGGUCUAGGUCCAUAUGGCUUCCAACGGGUGAUAAAAAUACAAGAUUUUUUCACCAAAGGGCUAGCCAAAGGAAGAAGAACACUAUAGAAGGUUUGCAUGAUAAAGAUGGGGUGUGGCAGAUAGAUUUGGGGCAAAUUACCUCUAUUGCUGAGGAGUACAAUGCUGAUUUGUUUAAAGCCCAAACUCAAAGACAUAUGGAAGGGGUACUGGAAGCAGUUGAAAAGUAG